AUGGACUCGCAGCUUUCUUCAAACUCUUCUGCCGCUCUGGUCAACAUCAUAACCACCACUUCUGACAAGUUGGGCGCAUCUCUCUUACACGUCUACGACUCUGUGCGCCUUGCAGCCCAACAGCUUUCCUCGGGGGCCGUCGCUGCUUAUUAUCGCACCUUCUUUCGCAAUGACUCAGUGAAUUGGGGCCAAGUAGUGUUCCUUGCAACCUGCUUGAUCACCAUGGCUGGGUGCGGUCUUCUCUCGACUCUGCUUCGGCGUCACAAGUCGCCGACAAAGAAAUCUCGAUUCCUUCGGCCUUCCUUGCGCAAAACCUGGACGAAAUCUAAGUCUUCGACUAAAUCUUCCAAGACUCUCACUUCGUCAGACGAUGACUAUGAGGACGAUGAAUAUGAUAGCAACGGCUCCCUGCGUCAUGCCACUGCUGCUUCACUCCGAAAGGCAGCACAGUGGUCCUCCGAGUCCGAGAAGGGAACGUGCGAUGCUCUCAAGACAGACCCCGGUAUCUUGCAGAAAUUCUCCACAUACAACUCCUACACCACCUCCAUUGCCACCUAUCCUGCCAUUCGAACCUUUUUCUGCCCCCAUCCGCAUCUGAACCGCCUCCCCACGGAACCUGCGCCAGUCCCGUUGCUGGUCUUCGUUCACGGACUCGGAGGAUCCCUCGCCCAGUUCCACCACCUCUUGACCAGCCUUUCGAAUGUUGGUUCGUGCUUUGGUAUUGACCUGCCCGGUUGCGGGUUGUCCAAAUUCGAGCCGAGUAACUGGGAUGCCUAUUCUGUGGAUGCGCUUGCCGAACUACUUGCUACGGCUAUUGAAAAGUAUCGGGACAGAGAUGCUGGUCAAGACGUCAUCCUAGUUGGCCACAGCUUGGGCUGUUCGCUCUCUGCUCUUCUUGCCUCUUCCACGUCUCCGGUCGGGAAGACCUUGAAGGAACAUGUCGCAGGACUCAUUGCAGUCUGUCCUAAAGCAGAACCUCCCUCUGCGAAAGAAGCCGCUAGUUUUCGACGUCUGCUCCAUAUACCUAGCCCAAUCUUUGAUUUGUGGCGUAGCUGGGAUCGUCGGGGCGGCAUAGAGAGUACCAGUGUCAAGCGAAUUGCGGGUACCGACGCAGAUGAUGAAACGCGAGACCUUCAAGUCCGCUUUAAUAAGCAGAGCCGAACACCGGUCUGGCGCCGAAUGGCCUGGGGAACAUUGCCAUCUUACGAUGGUGGCAAGGCUGUCGGCGGCAUUCCAGGCGAGCAGGUCUGGGCAGGUGUUCAUGUUCCGAUUCUGCUUGUCGCUGGUGAAGCUGAUGCAGUGACCAAGCCUGCCGAGAUUCAGAAACUCCUGAAGUUUUUUGGCGAUUCGUCCGGUCAUACUGCUAUCGAUACCAGCGGAAGUGGCAUUAUCCCGGAUGCUUCCACUGUCCAUGAUCAAGCAUCCACGCCGCAAUCCCUACCGAGUGAGGAGUUAUCGGAGAAGCAAAAUGAGACUGCUCCGGCUACUACCAAGCGAGGGCGUUUGGUUAAAUCUGUGAUUUUGCCUCCGCCGGCCUCCCACGCUCUUCUCUAUGAUCGAGCAACAUACCGUACUUUGUCAGGCAUCAUCCAGGACUUUCUGUCGCAGAACAUUGAUCAGCGUCUGGGAAUGGGAUGGCAGCUGCAAUACAUGAAUACCUCUGGAAAGUGGGACGUGAAGAACCUUGCUAAAUGGCAGAAGGUUGUUCCAGUGUCCCUGCCUAUCGCCAACACUUUCGCCGCUAUGAAGAUGUUACGCGAGGUCGACGAGCAGCAUAAUCCUGUACUCUUUUCCGAGAAAUAUCGCGGCGUUAUCCACGCAGUUAUUGACAUCAGCCACGAAAACCCCGUGUACAACCCCGCGACGAUGGAGAAGGGUGGUGUUCACUAUGUCAAACAACCGACUGUUUCCAAGAUACCCCCAACGGAAGAUGAGGUUCGCGAUUUCAUUGCGCUGGUCGAUCGCCUUCAAGGUGAUAUCGAUGACAAGGUCAAAAACAAAGAAUACCCAGCCAAGCCGCGUCCGCUGGUCGGCGUGCACUGUCACUAUGGCUAUAACCGUACUGGGUUCCUCAUUACGAGUUAUCUGGUUGAGCGCUUGGGCUUCGGCGUACAGGACGCGAUUGAUGAGUUCAAUCGGUGCCGACCCCCUGGCAUUCGCCACGCUCACUUUAUUGAUACCCUUUUUGUGCGAUACUGCGUGGGCUUGAAGAGAGCACCCACCCUGUAA